GUCGAGCGCGCGAGACUUCGUGAGUUCGUUGCGAGGUUCGGGCGGCGUGAGCGCAAGCGGCCGCGGGACCGGCUACUACGGGACGAACGGACCCGGACAAUUGCCAUGGAUAUCAGGAAGCGGACGGCAUUUUUGGGAUACGAGUGGCGGCGGAUGAGUAUCGGCACGGUGGGUCAAGAACGAAGUGCGCCAGGGACGAACGAUGGUCAGGGCGGGGCCAGAAGCCGGAAUGAGAAUGCAAGGGAGGGUGUCGCGAGCGGUGUGUAUGCCGCGGCAUACCAGGUCGGACAGUUUCAGGCUCCAGAAGCGCAUGACCAAGGACACCAAUGUAUCAAUGGCGUGGGGGUUCUGCAAUGUUGGGGCCAGGAUGUUUCUGCUUUGAGGGCUUUACACCGGGGUCAAUGGAGUCUGCGGUGAACAACUGGGCUGCGCAUUUGUGCAGGCAGAAUGGUAAGGUGAGACACGAGACUGAUGUUUGACGGGCUGCUGAAGGAG